CGUUUCCUCCCUCUCUCCUCUCCUCCUUCAUUUCCUCUCUCUCUUCUAUUUUCUAUGGGCGGAGAAACGGAAAUGUGGGAGGUGUGUUUUCUCUCCGUGUUUCUUUCACGGAAGAGAGCAGAGGCAAAGAAGCGCGCCUGACUCAAGGACGAAGCGGACCUACGGCGAUAAGAAUCAAAAUAAACGGAGCACAGAGGAGCAGAAGGAGAUCCGUGCGCAGCCGCAGAGGAGCGGAGGUUCGGCUGCAGCUGUCAUGGGACUCUGCCCGUCCUCGUAGCGGAACCAGGCGACCCGCGGACCAGAGGGAGAACAGGCACCGGGAGCGGACAUGGCCCACGUAGGCAACGGAGCGGCCGCAGAGGAGGAGGACUGCUUCGAAGAUGCCUUUGAUCGGAUACCUGCGGCGGGUAGCAUGGAUCUGCAGACUGCCAUCCAGGAGACUCAGUGUGCUCUCAACCUGGUCCUCAACAACAAGUUUUCUCAAGCCCUGGAUCUCCUCAAACCAUGGUGGAGGGACAGCAUGUACCACGCUCUGGGAUACAGCAGCAUCCUGGUGAUGCAGGCGACCAUGACCUUUGAGCACAGAGACAUCCAGACUGCCAUGGCAACCAUCAAGGAGGCGUUGCACACCUGUCAGAGGUUCAGGAAGAAGAACUCGAUGGUCGGAUCUCUGUCCGGGCUGAUCAGCAAGCAGUCCAACCUGCAGGAAGGAGAGAUGCACGCAGAGCUUUGCUACGCUGAAUGUCUGCUGCAGAAAGCAACGCUGACGUUUGUACAGGUCAGAAAUGCUGGCUUUGGUUUGUCCCAGUUGAGAGAGGGAGCUUCCAGCCACAGUUUGCGGUCAAUCCUCUGUGUUCUGACUCUGCUCUUCUACCACACAUACGUCUCACUCAUACUGGGAACUGCAGAGGGGAACCUGGUGGAAGCUGAAGCUCUGCUGGAGCCAUACCAACAGAAAUACCCCAAAGGCUCCAUAAUCCUCUUCUACUCUGCUCGCAUUGCCGCGCUGCGAGGAAACUUUGAGAAGGCUCGGGCCAAGUACGAGGAAUGUGUGAGCAGCCAGCAGGAGUGGAAGCAGAUUCACCACUUGUGUUACUGGGAGCUCAUGUGGACUCACUCGUACCAGCAGGAGUGGGAACAGGCGUACCAAUAUGCUGACUUGCUGUGCAAGGAGAGUCGCUGGUCCAAGGCUAUCUAUGUUUACCAGAAGGCAGCCAUUUUAAGCAUGAUGUCAGAGGAGGAGCUGAAGAAGACGGGGGAGAAUGUUGUGGAGCUCUUCAGGCAGGUGGAGGGGCUGAAACAGCGCCUGGCUGGGAAGUCCAUUCCAACGGAGAAAUUUGCAGUGAGGAAGUCCAGGCGUUACAAAGCUGCUAACCCCAUCCCCCUGGUCAUCCCUUUGCUGGAGAUGAUGUACGUGUGGAAUGGUUUCACCAUCGUCGGAAAGCGAGCCGACUGUGCCGAGUCCCUGCUGGUAACCAUAGAGAAGGCAGAGGAGCAGCUUCGCAAUGACCCCAAUCCGUCAGAGUUUCACACAGAUGACAGCUGUCUGGUCCAGAUGUUGAAGGGACUCUGCCUGAAGCACCUGGGCAGGUUACUGCAGGCUGAGCUGUGCUUCACACAGGUGCUCUCCAGUGAGGGUCGGAUCAGAUAUGAUCACUACUUGAUUCCUUUCACCCUUUAUGAGUUGGGUCUGCUGUAUAAACAACAGGGAGACUUCCUCAAGGCCACCACAUACAUCGAGAACGCCAAGACGAACUACAAGGACUACUCCAUGGAGUCCAGACUGCACUUCAGGAUCCACGCAGCCCUUAACAGCCUCAAAGGAUCACCUGCCGGCACCCCAUAAUACACAAAAACACGAGUCAGACUGCAGCUGUUUGUUUAGCUGGAGUGAAGAAAGAAGUGGAGGUGUGUUUGGGUUUUAAGAGGACACCUCCACCUGGGUUUUUUUUCCCCU